AUGACAACGUUUGGAAGACUUGUCGGUGCAAAAACACCGACCCGUUCCCUUCUCCAACCCCGACCAACUUCAGAGGAACUGAAGAUGCUGCGUCUCAGCCCAGCUGGGCUCAUGUUGUUCGUGCUUUGCAGAGUCAUCGACAGUCGGCUCCUGAUGGAAGGACUGCAGAGAUACGGUGGCAUCCCAACUUAUCUUCCGGUCCGAUACCAGGUGUUGAAUGCAGAGUCUGCCUUCUUCCUGAAGGAGGCCAACCAGGACAUCAUGAGGAACUCCAGCCUGCAGGUUCGAACUGAACUUUUUUUCAUCCAACAAGCCAGAAAGACGCCUUCGGUCAAUGCCAGUUACGGGCCACUGUAUGUAGAGCAAGCUGUGCCUGCGGAGCUUCUGGGCCCGGGACUGUUCACCAACCCCUCAUCCACGUCACCAUCGUCCACUUCCUCUCCUCUCUUUAGUUUUAACUGGAAAGUUCAGACUUUUAUUAUCAGUGAACGAAUCCAUCCAAGUUGGCCGAAGGUACAGGUUCUCUUCUACGUUGUGGGUCGGGACUGGGACGACUACAGUGCCGUGGACAAGUUGCCAUGUGUCAGGAUGUUCGCCUUCCACGAAACCCAAGAGGUACGAGGUACCUGUCGUCUGAAAGGGGAACUCGGACUGUGCGUGGCUGAACUGGAGCCUCUGCCUAGCUGGUUCAGUCCUCCUAGUGUCAUACCAGGUCGACAGAGAUCACCCGAGCUGGUUGAAGGCACUCCUGUGGAACUGUAUUACAUGCUACAAUCCACCGACACUGGGGAAUGCAGCUCAGAGGACUCCCGGAAGACCAAUUCCAUCCGCACUGGGCAGCUGGGCCCUGCCGGGUACUUCUCAGGGCCCACUCCCAUGCGCAGGAUCGGCAGUGUUCGUCUAUUCCAGCCGCUCUCUGAGCUGCGAUUGGACAGUAACUUUGUUGUGAUGGUUCCCUCCAGACCCAUCAGGCAGAGGGAGACGGUGUCAGCCUUCCUAGCAGUAUCCACCCUUUCAUCUGUAGAGAUCUUCACUUUAAGGAUCAAGCUGAAGGAUGGUGUGGCGUUUUUGGGAGCGAGGGCCAGCAACCCGGUUCAGUGGACAGUAAGUCAAGACGUCAGGAGCGAAGGACACAGAGUGGUCACUCUGCACUGUCGCAGGAAGGAAGCCAACUUCGAGAAAAGGGUGGAGGCCGGUUUCCAGAAAGUUCUUCAGGUGGAUCUGGAGGUCAACGGGUUGUUGGAUCCUCUGGGAAGUCGCUCGGUGACAUGGCAGAUCGAGUACCCCAUCUCCCGAACCCUUUCGGAUGAAAUCCAGACACUCAUUCGUCUGGCCCCACACGAACUCGGGGGAAUCGUACCAUUGGCUAUGGAGACAGAGAUCCUUAACACCGCAGUGCUCACCGGGAAAACUGUUGCCAUGCCAGUGAAGGUGGUCACCGUCGGAACCGAAGGUACCGUGACCGAUGUGACCGAGUCAGUGGAAUGUCGUUCGACCGAUGAGGACGUGGUUAAGGUGUCCGAAAGAUGUGAUUAUGUGUACGUCAACGGCAAGGAGACACGUGGGAGGUUGAGGAUGAUGGUGAACUUCACCUACAGUUACCUGAGCGCUCAGCUGGAGGUGAGCGUAUGGAUGCCACGACUCCCCCUUCAGAUCGAGAUGUCCGAUCCAGAGCUCAGCCAGAUCAGGAGCUGGAGAGUUCCUGUAGAUGCUGCAAACCAAAGGUCUGGAGAGGAUGACGGGGAUGAAGGAGCCAAGAAGGAUCGGAGCUGUGGUCCACAGUACCAGAGCACCACCGUCCGUGUGCUCACACACUUUGAGGCAGAGCCAGAGGAAUGGCAGGGCCAGCCAGACUUCCUCUUGGGCAGUGAUUGGCAGGUGGACGUGACAGAGUUAGUGAGAGACUCUUUAAGGGUGGUGGAUGAACGCGUUGCCAAGCUUUCAGAAGAACAAGUCCUCAUUGGUCUGAACACUGGCAUCACCAAUGUUCAGGUGAUGUCCCCAUUGUCAGACUCAGUUCUGGCUGAGAGGGUGAUCCAGGUUCUGGAUGAUAAAGUCAGUAUUACGGAGCUGGGCGUGCAACUGGUCUCUGGCCUUUCCUUGAACCUUCAACUCAGCCCUGGAAGCAACAGGGCCAUCGUGGCCACGGCUACCACUCAGGAAACCAUGCACAGUGUAAAUCAGGAAUCCCUUGUCAGUGCGUGGCUUCAGUUCAGCGAUGGCUCCAUGACCCCUCUUGACCUCUAUAACUCUGCUCAUUUUGUCCUUACGGCCACUUCGCUGGAUGACCAGGUGGUGUCGGUGAAGAAAAGCCCCAGCUGGAGGUGGCCAGUGUUGGUGGCUAAAGGUGAAGGUCAAGGCAUGUUGGUUCGUUUGGAGAUGUACGGACCCGAAUCGUGCCAAAAAAACAAACGGCGCACUGUUCUGGCCGCAGGCAACGCAAACGUCCAUGUGAAGUUUGGCCGUGAUGAAGAAACUGGAAACAGCGCAAGUGACAGGAGAUACAGACCCAAUGCCCCAUACUACGGCGGUUCGAUCUCAGACAUGGAGGCUGGAAUCAUGAACCGAGGCGCUACCACCAUCAAAACCUCCAUACCAGGAAAAGCAAGCGGUGAUAGGCUCUCAGCUGCUGAUAUUCCAGUGGAUUUCUCUGAAUUCCCAGCCCAAGCAGACCUUCCACCUGGACGUAAUGGAGAGGAUGAUCUAUUGCAGUCUCGGCGUGGGCUUACAGACCUGGAAAUAGGCAUGUACGCCCUGCUAGGUGUCUUCUGUCUGGCCAUCCUGGUAUUCCUAAUCAAUUGCGUCUCCUACGCCCUCAAGUAUCGCAACAAGCAGCUCCCAUUGGAGGGCCAGGAGACCAUGGCUCAUGCCCACGACUGGGUUUGGUUAGGACAGGACGCUGAGCUGUUGGAAAGUCAGGCAGGUUUGUGUCUAGAUCAAGAGGAGCUGGGCGGCACCAUGGACUCCGGGCUGGGCCUGGAGGAAGGUAGCCAGCUCCUCAAUGGCCUUUCCUCUCAGAAGAGCGUUCAAGGCCAGGUCCACAGGUCAGCCUCUGACUCAGGGUGCACUGGGAGAGAUCACAAGAGCGACUCUAUAAACUCACCCACUACCAAAAGGAAACGGGUCAAGUUCACCACUUUCAGCCAUAGCAAGCCCAGCAAUGGCUGCCCAUCCAUAAGCCCGCUUCUCAUCGGUCAGAACGACAUCAAAUGGGUAUGCCCAGACAUCGAGCUCGGGGACUCCAAAGAGCUCAGAAAUUACAUGGAAAGGUUAAACGAAAAUGCUACUAAGAACAUCGCAUAGUGGGCUUGUAGUUAUUUAUGUAUUUUUCAGACAAAAGCGUAGCUCACCCAUAUGCCUUCUAGGUGAGGAGGUGG